AACAUGCAAUAAUUGUACGUGCGCAGCCCAUAACGAAAAUGCGUCUCAAUGCGAUCAUACCUAUAUAUUUAGCCAUGGAUACUAUUAAUUUAAUCUAUUCUGUGCUAUUAUCAUCUAUUAUCUUUGUAUCGUCGGUCAGAUUAUCAUAAUCUAUAAAGUGAUUAAUAGUUAAUACUGAUUAUAUCAGAAGCCGAUAGAAAAUUGUCUGAUGUUAAACAUUCGUGGAAAUAUACAAUUUUCUGUUCUGCGUUAUUGAAUCUUUUCGCAUUGAACUUUAGUGUAAUUAUCUGUCCACAAUUAUCCACUGUGACCAUGUCCAGACAGAACACAAGAUUAGACGUUAAGAAAGUUAAUUCUGAGUUAUUUACUUUAACUUAUGGAGCCAUAGUAUCUCAAUUAAUGAAAGACUAUGAAAAUGUUGAGGAUGUAAACAAACAGUUAGAUCGAAUGGGUUAUAAUAUUGGUGUCCGUAUGGUUGAAGAUUUUUUAGCACGUACUAAUGCUGGAAGAUGUUAUGACUUAAGAGAAACCGCAGAUAAAAUUCAGUAUGCAUUUAAAAUGUAUUUGGGUAUAACUCCGGCUUUAACUAAUUGGAGUGCUGCUGGAGAUGAGUUUUCCUUAACAUUUGACACUAAUCCACUAACAGAAUUUGUGGAACUACCAGAUAACUAUCAAAAUCUUAAAUAUAGCAAUAUUCUUUGUGGAGCCUUAAGAGGAUCGUGUGAAAUGGUACAAAUGGAUGUGUCUUGUUGGUUUGUGCAAGAUCAACUUAAAGGCGAUUUGGCCACUGAAUUGCGAAUUAAGUUCAACAAACGGUUAGAAGACGCCAUACCUGCUGGAGAAGACUAAUUUGACUCUGACUUAUCUGUAAAUUAAAUAAUUAUUAUAAUAUAUUAUGUUUUAUUUUAUUUUAUACUUUAUAAUACUAUCUCAUAUACUUGUUAUCAUAUAAAAAAAUAAAUAGUAUCUAAAAUUA